AUGUCUGAUAAUAUCAGCAAUAACGGUUAUAACGGUGACUGUCUGCCUAAUUCAUCUGCAUGUGUUCCGUCUUCAAUGAGUUUACGAAUAGUCACUCAACAACAAGCACAAUUAACACACUCAAAUAUAAUUAAUGAUCCGCAAAGCUGUUCCACGGACGAAUCAGGUUCCUCAGUCAAUGAACUAAAUAAUAUUAACGACAGUGUUAAUAAUAAUAGUAGUAAUAAUGGUAAUGGAAGACCUAUAUCAACGAUUACUUCGAAUGGAAAUUGUUAUGCAGCAUCAUAUACACCUGCUCAGGAUACCAGUACUUUUCAUCCUACCAUUCAAACACAAUUAUCUAAUGAUUCAGAAAGUGGAAAAUCAAUUCAUCGUCAUCAUCACCACCUGCAGCAACAGUUACAAGGAUCACCCGAUGAAAAUAUUUCAUCAAAUUUGUUACCAGGUUUUAGGAUUAAAUGUGAAGCAGACAGCGGUUUUUCACCGACUGGCAAUUCAUCUGGACAAUCUGCACCUAUAUCUAAUUCAUCCUAUGAAGUCAUACGUAAUUAUAAACAGACUAUAUCAGAAUCUUUCUCAGGGAAAUGUGAAUCAUUCGAGGAGCAUGAAAUGAUAGAUGAUCAGUUUGCUGAAAACCAAGAGUUCACUGAAGCAUCUGUCGCUCUACAGUUAAAAUCUCAUAAUGACACAGAUGAGUCGAUUUCACCGUCUCAGUCUACCAGGUAUGCAGCAGAUACAUCACUAGAUCAACUAACACUACCUCAGGUUAAUUUGAUUAAUUCUUUUCGUUCAGAUAAUCUACCUAUCCGAGGAUGUAAUAAUCGAGUUUCAAAUAUUUCUCCAUCGCGUAUUCUAUCUCAGGGUCCAUUGGAUAGUGAUAAUACCAGUGUUAAUACUUCAUCAGAUUUCACAGCUGAUUCUCUGGCCUUCAUUGAUGCAUCUUCAACGCGUAUUGGUGCAUUUGGCUCAAAUGAACAUAUACUAACUAGCACAUCGGACUUUACUUGUUUCUAUCCGAAUGCAUCAUGUGAUCAACUGACCAAACGUUUCACCGCUAAUGGCCAUACUUCAUGUACCAAUCUUUCUUCAGCUGAUCAAUCAGAUUCAAAAGUUCACAUUGGUCUUAGCUCCUUGUCUAAAUCGCAUCGUUUGUGUUAUCCGUAUGAUGUUUAUGAGCCAUUAAAAAGUGGUUUCAAAGAACAUUCAAAUAAUCACAAUAAUGAUAGGACAUCUCAACCGAAUCCGUCGUCAAAUAAGCUUAAAAACAUUCUGAACAACACAUUUUAUGACCGCAGUGGUACUAUCAAUGGAGCUUGCAAUGACGAAGCAAUCAAUUUAAUUACUGAUGAUUCAGAUCAAAAGAAUUUCAUACACUGUAAUGAUGUUCAGUUGCCAGGGUUUAGUAGUCCUGAAUCAGCUUUCUAUCAAUAUCAGAACAGAAUGGAAGGGCAAAGAUGUCAAGUAUGCGGUGAGUUAGCCGCUGGGUUUCAUCAUGGCGCAUAUGUAUGUGAAGCUUGUAAGAAAUUUUUUAUGCGUCAUUCAAUGGCUGACACGAAACCAACAAAUGUCUGUCCAACUGGUGGAAAUUGUAUCGUUGCGAAAGGUAGUCGUGGCAAAUGUCAAAUAUGCAGAUAUCGUAAAUGUCUACUUGUUGGCAUGAAAAUGAAAGAUCCAGAAACUCAAUCCGAUAUCGAUAUAUCAAAUAUUCCUUGUCGAGUAUGUGGAGGUCGGUCGUCUGGAUUCCAUUUCGGUGCAUUGACAUGUGAAGGAUGUAAAGGUUUCUUUCGCCGCACCGAAGGUUCAGCUAAUUCAUUAGUCUGUGUUGGUGGACAAAAUACAUGUACCAUUACACCUCGAAGUCGAAAUGCUUGUAAAAGUUGUCGUUUCCGUCGGUGUUUAGCUGCAGGAAUGUCUAAAAAAGGCAGUCGAAUUGGUCGUCAACCGAAUGCAGUGAAAUUCCAUUGUGCUAUUGAAAUCAAGCAACUCCAAGCAGUUAGAGGUAAUAAUUCCUCUGGUUCCAUUGAUGCAUUAUCGCCUGGUCAAAGCUCUUCGACCUGUAUGUAUGGUGGACAGUAUAUAUCUGUAGGUGGCAACGUCGGUGGUGGUGUUAGCGGUGCGGAUAUCUUAUUAAAUAAUUCAAGUAAUCAUUUUAGACAUCUUAGUCACAGUGAUGAUAACUGUAGUCCAGAAACAAUGACUCCAACCAACACAUCGUCCUCAUCAUUGAAACAAGAUACACCGUUACAGCAAUCAUCGAAUGACUGUGUUAAACCAUCUCAAUCACAGCAAGCACCGCCACCACCAUUAUCCUUGUUAUUCUUCCUACCGCCAACAUCGUCAUCAUCUUUACCAUCAUCUAUUAUACCUGGCCUGGUUAACAAUCAUAAUCAAGUGUCGAAUAUAGAUAUUGCAAAGUGUUCACCGAACUGUUAUUCCACUGAACGUGAUAAUGAAGCACAAUUGAUUAAACCAGAUUAUACACUUAUUGAUGAAUCGUCUGAUGGUGCUUGUCGUCUGUCAAACAAUUUGAAAUCGCAAUUAUUAUUCAAGAAUAUGCAGAUGGGGCCAGCACUGAAUGAUUCUUCUCAGUUAAUUCGUCAUUAUUCCAAUGGACGUUCUGGUAUAUACGAUGCUUUGGAAUGGCAUGCACUAAAUCGUGUCAAUGAAUCUGCUUUGUUUAAUAAUAACAACAAUAGUAAUAACUAUAGUGCAAAUGCUUCACAUCCUUUUUGCACCAAUUCCAGUAAUGGUAGUGUUGGUCAUGGUGAUCAAAACUUGGAAUCAUCACCUUCAUUUUGUACAUCGCGUUUACUAGAUGAGAAAAUAUCUUCAUAUUCUCAGGAACAACACAAUAAACGACAGUCAUUGUCUCCUAAAUCCGGUGUCAAUCAGUAUCAUCAUCAACAACAUCAUCAUUCAUCUUCUUCUUCCUCAACUUCUCAGCGAUCCUCUUCUUCAAUUUUUUCACCAAUCUCUUCAAAUCUAUCUCAGGUGGAUAUAUGUCGAGCAGAGAUACUGAAACCAGAGAAUGAAGAAUUUACUGUGAAAUCGACAGCAUCCUCAGGUCUAUAUGGAACAAUGACAUCGAUCACAACUACAACCUCCACCCCUCCACUUGUUAUUACUUCGAAUAGUAAUACUAAAUCAAAAACAAUGCUGACCUCUAGUACUGUUGUAAACACAACUGGCAGUAAUAGUUUCAGCGGUUUUAUAAGUUUCGACGAUCCAUCAUUUUGGGAUGAUGUUGAAGAGACACUGCCUCCAAUAACACCAAAUUCUGAAUCUGUUGCACAAUUCACUGAUGGUAUGCGUACUGCAACUGAAUUCUUACGAUUGCCUACUGCAUAUUUUAGGACACGCUUUCGUAUGACAUCCAUACUAGCAGAACAUCAAGACAAUAUCACUCAAGUAUGGAGUCAUAUGAUGAAUCAUUUUCACAUGCAUGCUCAACAAGUUGUUCAAUUUGCCAAACUAGUACCUGGUUUUAACCAAUUAGGUAUUACAGCUCGAAGUAAUUUAGUUCGUGAAGCUAUGUAUCCAGUCUUCCUGUUACUAUUAAGUCGUGAUUAUUGUCCAGAGACUGAUGAAUAUAAUUAUUUCGAUUUUCCACUAAACGAACGCGAAGUGAUUAUUCGACACUUCCCUUCAUUCAGACGGAUUACAGAGCAUUUACGCGUAUCUGGACGAUUAAUGCAUCAUUUGAAUUUAAGUCUACCAGAGUUAUCGUUAUCUUGUGCUGCAGAGAUAUUGAGAAAUUAUCGUAUCCUUGAAGAGCCUACUGCGAAAAGUACAGCUGAAUUGUUUGUAUUGGCUCACCAUAGCCUAUUAAGUUGUAUGGCAAAACGUCCUUUGGUAACGGGCGGUAUUUCAAUCCAACAAAGACGAACCCAACUAUCAGCUCUUAGGAAAAUGAUUCGAGUUAUGGAUAAGGAGCAUCAUAAAAUCUUAGCCGACCUAAAAAGUAUCAGAUCUGAUCUUCGAUUUCCUGAACUGUUUGUGGAAAUGUUCCAGUUAGCUGAUAGUGCAUCAGCAUUACUUUCAGCCUCUGCUCAAGCUGUAACACUGGCAUGUUCUGGUGCUCUACAGUCUUCAUUAGUAUCGUUUCAAGGUUGUCAACAGGCAUCUACACCGUCAUCGUCAUCAUUACCAUCAUUCAAAAGUAAUGCAUCGGAUACAAUUACAAGUAAAUCUAUUGAGUCGGUAUCAACUAGUGGUGAUUUUGUUCAGUCUGGUGAUAGGUGGGAUGCAAGUCGACUGGCUCUAUCUGUUCCUGCUGCUGUUGCUGCAGUAGCUGCAGCUGAGGCUUCAUUAUGUCAAAGCAAUCAGCUACAAUCACAUUCAUCGCCAGUAUCUUUGGCGUUUUCGCAAUUCUCCACAUCAAAUUCUGUCAGUCUGUCGAAUAGUCUUAGUUCAUGUCAGAAAAGACCUAAAAAUGAAGCAAAUCAAUCAGCCAAUAAUGUUGUUACUGCUGCUGCUACAACUGCUGCUUUCAUAACAACAACUCCAUCUUUGUUUUUUGCUAGCCAACCUCAUCCACCUUCUUGA